CGGCGACUGAUGUGAUGUCAGACGCUGAACCUUUAUUCCAUGGCUGCGCCCGCUGCACCGGUAAUGACUGAUCAGUUAUAAAUCGGCCCAACUUGAGCUUAUUUCCCUCUUUGGCGGCAAUAUAGUUGUGCGCGCUGUUUGGGGAAAAAGAAAAGCCAACUUAGAAACACUCUUUGAAGUGCACACAUACAUCGCACUAUACAAGCGAUGGCAGAGCAGUCCGGUUACUCAUCUGGCAAAAACCAAGAUUCGAAGUCUGAUCUCAAUAAAUCUACAUCUGGAGGAGACCAUGUGCCGGAUCCUAAGAAUAUACAAGACCUGACACAAUACGUGCAGACCCUGCUUCAGCAAAUGCAAGACAAAUUUCAAGUGAUGUCGGAUCAGAUACUUACAAGGAUUGAUGAAAUGGGGCAUCGCAUAGAUGACUUGGAAAGAAACAUCACGGACCUCAUGGCACAAGCAGGAGUUGAAGAAGCUGACAAAUGAUGUAUGGUCAAAAUGCUGUGUGAAGAGCUACUACAUACUUGUAAAAUAUCUGUGGCCUGAGCACCGAGCUGAAGAAAUGCAAUGUUUCACUUUGUAUAGUUCUGUUGCCCCGUGGGCUUGUACAAUUACUAGCAUUGGCUUAAGGUGUUCCCGAGGCAGGCCUCGUACAUAACAAAAGGCUAGUUGAAUAUGUAUUGUAUAAAGUCUCUGAAUCAGGUGCUGUAUUGAAGAGAAUGAAAUAGAAAUGUGUUCCAUCUUGA